UUCGUACGUGUGAUACUGAUACCAUAAAUUGGGCCUCAGGUUACAUUACUGGGCUAUUAAAUUAUUAGAUACGGCCCAUUUAUAUGUUUCACCACCUGGCAUGAAUAUAGUUGUACAUAAUGGCUGAAUGAAAUUUUGAGUUAAGUCUUUUCUUAUAUUAGUCAAAAACAAACCAUAAAGCAUGUCACAUUACUCCUGUCCAGCUAAGAUGACUGGUUUUUUUUUUAAAUUAAUGUCAGUAUCAUUUUACUUACCACGUUCCUAUCCACAUAAUGUAUUUGACUUUAGUUAUUUAAAUACUCUUUAACUUUCUGGAACAAUCUUCCCGAAUAUCUUUUGUAGCUAGAUUAUUAGAUACAAGAUCUUUUGCCAAACUGUACGUUUUUACCUUACUAUUAUUAACUAAGCAAAGAUAAUACCUUCUAUUUUUCUUUUGGUGGCUAAAAAUGGAUAUGGAGAAACAAAACAAACACUUUAAUCUGUCUCUCCCUCGCUGUCCACUAAUAUAGCCAAUACUUUUUUUUUGUUGCCUUGUUUAUUACAACAUAUCUGAUAGGGCAUCUAUUUUUAAAAAAUCCAUGUUCACACUACACAGAAAAUCUGAAACAAAACAAGCAAUAUUUUCUUUCUUUAUUUUUUCUUAUUCGUUAAAAACAUGGGAAAUUAACACGAGAAUAAUUAAAAUAUUACAAACAAAACGAGUUUCAAGUAAACAAGUGUAUUCAGAUGUGAGCGUGUUGAGCUUUGACUAGGAUUGAUCUGCGUAUUUAAGUUAUAGAAGCAGAACAAGAAAGGUAUCAUCAUCAUCACCUUUCCACCUUCUUGGAUCUAAACAUAACGAUACAUACACAUACAUAACAGAAGACGAGAGAAGGAAAAAAAAAAAGAUGGGUAGCUACAGAAUGUGUCUCAUCUUCAAAAGGAAGUUCAGGGUGACGGAGCCUGGUCCGGUUGAUGACGUCAGAGACGUCUUCUCCAGAUAUGCGGAGGGUCAAGCUCACAUGUCGCCGGAGCAGCUACGGAAACUCAUGGCGGAUGAAAGAAGAGAAGAUUUAGGAUCGAGUCUUGAAGAUGCGGAGAGGCUCGUCGACGAGGUGCUUCGCCGGAAACACCACAUUGCAAAGUUCACCAGACGAAACCUCACUCUUGAGGACUUCAACUAUCUUCUCUUCUCCACUGAACUCAAUCCUCCCAUCGGCGACAAGGUCCAUCAGAACAUGGAUGCUCCUCUGUCACAUUAUUUUAUAUUCACAGGCCACAACUCCUACUUAACCGGAAACCAGCUGAGUAGCAAGUGCAGUGGCCUUCCCAUUGCAGAUGCAUUGAGAAAAGGCGUGAGGGUUGUUGAGUUGGAUCUAUGGCCACGUGGUAAAGAUGAUGUCUGCGUUAAACAUGGAGGGACCUUGACCAAGGCUGUGAAACUAGGGAAAUGUUUGGAGUCCAUUAAAGCUAAUGCUUUUACUACUUCAAAGUAUCCUGUUAUCAUCACUCUUGAAGACCAUCUAACUCCUAAACUUCAAUGCAAAGUUGCCAAGAUGAUAACUCAGACGUUUGGAGAGAUGUUGUAUUACCAUGACUCUGAAAGUUGCAAAGAGUUUCCUUCUCCAGAAGAGUUGAAGGGAAAGAUUCUAAUCUCAACAAAACCUCCAAAGGAGUACUUAGAAGCUAAUGAUGCCAAGGAUGGAGAGAAAGGGAAGGAUUCAGAUGAGGAUGUAUGGGGCAAGGAGCCGGAAGAACUUAUUUCCACUCAGUCCGAACUCGACAAGGUCUCAAAUAACAUAAACUAUAUCAACCAAGAUGAUGAAGAGAGGGGUUCUCGUGAUUUUGACACGUCAUGUUCAUUACAAGCACCAGAAUACAAACGCCUUAUUGCCAUCCAUGCAGGGAAGCCAAAGGGCGGUUUAAAGAUGGCUUUAAAGGUUGAUCCAGACAAAAUCAGGAGACUUAGCCUAAGCGAGCAACUACUUGAGAAAGCUGUAGCUUCACAUGGUGCAGAUGUUAUAAGAUUCACCCAGAAGAACUUUCUGAGGAUAUAUCCCAAAGGCACAAGGUUUAACUCUUCAAACUAUAAACCUCAGAUUGGUUGGAUGAGUGGAGCUCAAAUGAUUGCAUUCAACAUGCAGGGGUAUGGAAGAGCAUUGUGGCUGAUGCAAGGAAUGUUUAGAGCUAAUGGUGGCUGUGGUUAUGUCAAGAAACCAGAUUUUCUUAUGAAUGUUGGUCCUAACGGAGAAGUUUUUGAUCCCAAUGAGAACUCACAUCCAAAGAAAACUUUAAAGGUGAAAGUCCUCAUGGGAGAUGGAUGGCACCUAGACUUCAAAAAGACUCACUUUGAUCGCUACUCUCCUCCUGAUUUCUACGUUAGAGUGGGUAUUGCUGGAGCACCUGCUGAUAAGGCGAUGGAGAAAACAGAAGUGAAGUAUAAUACGUGGACACCCAUUUGGAACGAGGAGUUCACAUUCCAGUUAACAGUUCCUGAACUUGCUCUGCUCCGUGUUGAAGUGCAUGAGUACGACAACAAUGAAAAAGACGAUUUUGGAGGUCAGACUUGUCUGCCGGUGUCUGAGUUAAGGCAAGGCAUACGCGCUGUUCCACUCUUUAACCGAAAGGGAGUGAAGUACAACUCCACGCGGCUUCUUAUGCGCUUUGAGUUUGUCUGAAGACCGACAGUUUUGGUUCGUGUAUCCAUCUAGAGUUGUAGCUUUAUGUUAUGUUUUAUUAUGUAAAAAAAUCGAAUGUUUACCUGAGUAAUAUAUAGAUCUUUUGCAUUUUUUUUUUGUGAA